GUACAGAUCUACAGACAUUGAUAAACAUUUAAUGAUUGAUUAACUCAAUACUGUGCCAGUGUUGCUGUGUCAACUUCAGGCAGCUGGAUAAUGGCCAUCACAAUCACGUUGCCAGGAUGCAUUCCCAAAUGUUUUUGCACGGGUGGAUGACCUAAGUCUUCUUGUUUGUUGGGUUGUUUGGCUUACAAUAUAUCAAAAACGUAAUCACUCACAAAAUAUUUGUAAUGCAUAUUACACACAUUUAAUCUCCUUUGUCCCUUUUUCCAAGAUGGGUCUUCAAUUACCACCACUGCUGCCACUAAUGGAAGUAUAACAUUACAGUUCCGGAUGGAGGGAAGGAUAGAUGAAAUUCUAUGGAAGAACAAAGGCAACAAAAUGGUGGAGUGGGACAGCAGCGCUGAAUUUCCCACUGAGUAUUUAACAUUCCAGGGACGGACGAAGUUGGACAUAAUAACUGGCAAAGUAACCAUUACAAAUCUAACCAAAGAUGACAGUGGAGAUUAUGAAGUGGAUGUGCUUAUAGAUGAAACAUUAAGGAAUGAAAUGCACCAUGUUGAAGUAAUUGACCCUGUCACUGAAGUGAAGAUCACCUGUGCGUCGAUAACAAUAUUCUUUGUUCUGUCUCAUAAUGAAGACUAUCGCAUUUUGUUUUCUCUGUUGUCUGUAGAUGCCGUUGGAGGAGCAAAGGUCAUCUGUCAAAGAAGAAGCGCUACUGUGGCAACACUACACUGUGAAGCAGAGGGUGAUUUUCUGAGUUUCAGCUGGUCAGGACCUGGACUACAGACAGAGAUGAGGGGUCAGACUGGACCACAGAUCACUAAGGAAAAGGACCAGGACUCAGUCUACACCUGUGUGGUGAACAACCCAGUUAGCAACAGCAGUGUAGCCUACCAAGCUGCUGAUUGCUUUGCCUCAGAUGCAGGAAAUCUUCAGCUCAUCAUAGGUGUAGCAUGUUCCGCUGCUAUUGGGGUUGCUGCUGCUGCUGCCGGGUUUGGCUAUUGUUGCUACAAGAAGUCAACAGUUCCAGGUCCAGAUCAAGUAACAAACCCAAAAGCAGAGGAGGAAGAUCAAGCCAGUGACCCACUGGACGCUGGGAAUGAAAACAGACCAUUCCUGCCUUCAGAAGGUGAAGAUGAUGCUCAAGGCUCAAGAGAUGAAGGAAAGGCUGCAGAGAACAAAAUAGGUUCAGGCCCAGAUCAAGUACCAAACCCAAAAGCAGAGGAGGAAGCUCAAGCCAGUGACCCAUCACAGUAUGGAUCAGCAGAAAGCAUCAUACAUAUGGCGCGGGAAGAGGAAACGAAGAUGGCAGAGAGUGCAGGUGCUAUCCAGCCUUCAGAUGAUGAGACAGAUUACCAAGAUGCAUCAGAAGAACCUGAAGGUGCUCAAGCAGUCUUCAAACCCAGGUGGGUCCUCAAUCACCAUCAGAGGAACCACUAAUGGGAGUAUAACACUACAGCCCCAAGUGACAGGACGGAUAGAUGAAAUUGUAUGGAAACACAAAGGCAACAAGAUGGUGGAGUGGGACAGAGAAGCUGCAGAUUUUAUUGAAUAUUUAAGAUUCAUAGGACGGACGGAAUUGAACAUAGAAACGGGUGAUGUAACCAUUAUAAAACUAACCAACGAUGACAGUGGAGAGUAUGAAGCAGACGUCCUUCUUGGUGCAGUAUUAACGAGUGUACAGCGCAUAGUUGAAGUAAUUGACCCUGUCACUAAACCAGAGAUCACCUGUACCAGCAGUGAAUGUAUAACAAGAUCUAAUGGUGAAGCAAAGGAACCAGCCAUAACAACAGAAAACGAAGGGAAUCGUCAUACCAUCAUUGGUGCAUUAUGUGGUGUACUUGGGGUUGGAGUUGCAGUUGCAGUUGUAGGAGUCUUUUUCUGCCACAAGAGGAAAACCAAAGGGCAUGAUGCAAAUGAACAUACAGAAGAAAAGGUAGGACUAACCUCUGCAGGAAAUGAGAAAGAUCUGCAGUCUCCUGAGGAGCACAAUGGAGCACGCCAUCAUGCAGAUACCCCUUCCAUCAAUAGGAACAUUGACGAGAGUCUAUGUGAUUACAAUAAAGCAAAGCGGAUAUGGGAAGCAAAGGUUAUGACAACAGAUAACAAACCAUCUGUACCAUCAGUAAGAAAUGAGGAAAAGGAUGCUGGGCCUUGCUCCACUGAUGAAAUACACCAACAAAACGGUUCCUCUUCUGAUUGUCCCAAACAGCCUGGGAAUCCUAAAGAUGGCCUUAGUGUGCCUGUGGUGAACCUAAGUUCAGGUGUAGGCGCGAUUUCACCAGAUGGUGAAGUAACACCGUCAACACAAGAACGACACGCUGCCCUCAAGGGACCAACUGCUGCAUCAAAGGAUGAAAAUAAGUUACAAACCGAGCAAUCAAGUGGAAACCAACAUGUACCAGACACUGAAGCAAAACCUGCUGCUGCGUCAAAGGAUGAAAAUAAGUUAGAAACAGAGCAAUCAAGUGGAAACCAAAAUGUACCAGACACUGAAGCAAAACCUGCUGCUGCGUCAAAGGAUGAAAAUAAGUUAGAAACAGAGCAAUCAAGUGGAAACCAAAAUGUACCAGACACUGAAGCAAACAUGCUGCUGCGUCAAAGGAUGAAAAUAAGUUAGAAACAGAGCAAUCAAGUGGAAACCAAAAUGUACCAGACACUGAAGCAAACAUGCUGCUGCGUCAAAGGAUGAAAAUAAGUUAGAAACAGAGCAAUCAAGUGGAAACCAACAUGUACCAGAUACUGGAGCAAAACCUUGUACAGAUGUAAAACACCCCACCUUUAAGGAACCAACUGCUGUAUCAAAGGAGGAAAAGGACCCUGGGCUUUCCUCCUGCACUGAUGGAGGAAACGAACAUGCAGGUUUAAUUUAAUUUAAUGUCGCUUAUAGAGCACCAAUACAUUACACAUGUCUCAAGGCGCUUUACAGAGUGUUAGACAUUCAAAGAGAGCCCAUGAGUAACAGGGGCAAGGAAAAACUCCCUAGAAUUGGAGAUACAUACAAACCGGAUUCCAAAAAAGUUGGGACACUAUACAAAUCGUGAAUAAAAACUGAAUGCAAUGAUGUGGAGGUGCCAACUUCUAAUAUUUUAUUCAGAAUAGAAUAUAAAUCAUGGAACAAAAGUUUAAACUGAGAAAAUGUAUCAUUUUAAGGGAAAAAUAUGUUGAUUCAAAAUUUCAUGGUGUCAACAAAUCCCAAAAAAGUUGGGACAUGGCCAUUUUCACCACUGUGUGGCAUCUCCCCUUCUUCUCACAACACUCAACAGACGUCUGGGGACUGAGGAGACCAGUUUCUCAAGUUUAGAAAUAGGAAUGCUCUCCCAUUCUUGUCUAAUACAGGCCUCUAACUGUUCAAUCGUCUUGGGCCUCCUUUGUCGCACCUUCCUCUUUAUGAUGCGCCAAAUGUUCUCUAUAGGUGAAAGAUCUGGACUGCAGACUGGCCAUUUCAGUACCCGGAUCCUUCUCCUACGCAGCCAUGAUGUUGUGAUUGAUGCAGAAUGUGGUCUGGCAUUAUCUUGUUGAAAAAUGCAGGGUCUUCCCUGAAAGAGAUGACGUCUGGAUGGGAGCAUAUGUUGUUCUAGAACCUGAAUAUAUUUUUCUGCAUUGAUGGUGCCUUUCCAGACAUGCAAGCUGCCCAUGCCACACGCACUCAUGCAACCCCAUACCAUCAGAGAUGCAGGCUUCUGAACUGAGCGUUGAUAACAACUUGGGUUGUCCUUGUCCUCUUUGGUCCGGAUGACAUGGCGUCCCACAUUUCCAAAAAGAACUUCGAAUCGUGACUCGUCUGACCACAGAACAGUCUUCCAUUUUGCCACACUCCAUUUUAAAUGAUCCCUGGCCCAGUGAAAACGCCUGAGCUUGUGGAUCUUGCUUAGAUAUUGCUUCUUCUUUGCACUGUAGAGUUUCAGCUGGCAACGGCGGAUGGCACGGUGGAUUGUGUUCACUGACAAUGGUUUCUGGAAGUAUUCCUGAGCCCAUUCUGUGAUUUCCUUUACAGUAGCAUUCCUGUUUGUGGUGCAGUGUCGUUUAAGGGCCCGGAGAUCAUGGGCAUCCAGUAUGGUUUUACGGCCUUGACCCUUACGCACAGAGAUUGUUCCAGAUUCUCUGAAUCUUCGGAUGAUAUUAUGAACAGUUGAUGAUGAUAACUGCAAAGUCUUUGCAAUUUUUCGCUGGGUAACACCUUUCUGAUAUUGCUCCACUAUCUUUCUGCGCAACAUUGUGGGAAUUGGUGAUCCUCUACCCAUCUUGGCUUCUGAGAGACACUGCCACUCUGAGAACCUCUUUUUAUACCCAAUCAUGUUGCCAACAGACCUAAUUAGUGUUAUUUGGUCUUCCAGCUCCUCGUUAUGCUCAAAUUUACUUUUUCCAGCCUCUUAUUGCUACUUGUCCCAACUUUUUUGGGAUUUGUUGACACCAUGAAAUUUUGAAUCAACAUAUUUUUCCUUUAAAAUGAUACAUUUACUCGGAUUAAACUUUUGAUCUGUCAUCUACGUUCUAUUGCAAAUAAAAUAUUGACAUUUGCCAUCUCCACAUCAUUGCAUUCAGUUUUUAUUCACUAUUUGUUUAGUGUCCCAACUUUUUUGGAAUCCGGUUUGUAGGAAGAAACCUCAGACAGACCCACGACUCAAGGGCCCAACCCAUCUGCCUUGGGUCAGUUACAGUACAGUCAUUUGUAGUUUGAAAGUUACAAUGACAAUGAACGUUCAAAUAGUCCAGUGUAGGGAAUAAAUUGUCCAUUAGUAAUCCAUUAGUUAUUUCGGAAGGUGAUGGGUCGCUGAGAUCUGAGGGCCAAAGAUUCGGGCAGGGAACCACAGCAGGCGAUGGUAGGGCAGUCAUAGGGAUGGCGAAGGCAAUGGCGAUGGUAGGGCAGUCAGAGGGAUGUGACUUCAGGUGUGAUGAGGGACAGGCACAGAGAUGGUUGAUGGCUGGUAAUGGUUUACCUCACAGGUGAGGUAUAGGGGAAAGGGAAGAGAAAUAGAGUGUGUUAGUAUUGCUGUAAGUCAUAUUAAGUAUUAAUAAGUAUAUCAAUGGUGAUAUAAAUGGUUAUACUAUAGAGGGUUUACAAAACGCUUUUACACACCUCUUUUGUGGGGACAGGUGCGUAGGAAUAGGUUACCCAGUUAAACCCGAAGAGGCAUCCCGCACAUCGUCCACCACGCAUGCAAACAUCCACCCACCCACCAUGCACGCAACAUCCACCCACCCACAAUGCCCCCCCCCCAGGCGAACCCACACACCACCCCUGAACCGCGCGUUAUGAUUCAAGUGGAGACCAAAAUGUAUCACACACUGAGGAAACACCCUGUACAGAUACAAAUCCAACUCCAUCAAUUAAGGAAGAGAAUAUUGGACCUUCUGGCACAAGAAACAGUGAUGAUACUGAUUAAGUUGAUGUAAAGACGACAAGUGAUGUUCCCACUGAUGGGAAAACCAACCAACCAACUUCCUCAUCAAAGAAUGAAGAGAAUUCUGGGUUUUCUGAAACACACAACCAAAAGAUUCUUCCCCUGAGUCUCCAGAACUGCCUGAAAACGCUGCUUGUGCCUUUAGUGAUGACCACAACUGAAUGCAAUGACGAGCCAAGCAUAAGCAGAUCAUGAAUGAAACACAACGGAAAAGGAAAGCACCCUUGACAGACCUGUCUUUGCAACAGAAAGCAGCUAUGGCAAAACCUUGGAAUUGGUACAGUAGACCAGUUUUUGGUGGAAUACAGGCUUUUGAACCAGGCUCAAAACACCGUACCAAAUGCAGCACACUCCAGUGAUAAAUCAUUUGAAUCAAUGGAAGAAUUCUUUGACACUCCUAGGGAUUCUGAGGAGACCCACACUGAAUUCAAAAUUCAAGAAAUCAUUUUAAAUCUCUCAUAAUGUUACUGAUCUCAUAUAAUCUUAUUUAUAAUCCAAAUGGUACAUAAUGUACAUACUGUAUUUCAAUAGCCUCAUGCUACGGAGAAGUACUAUUCAAAUAUUUAGAUGUUUAACUGCUGUGUACAUAACCACUGCUUCUAUGUUGUUGUCUUAAACUCGAAUAUCUUCACUUGUGUUUAAAUGUGCAAACUGCAAUCACUUAAAUUUCUGUCAAGACCUCUUAAAUAAAAGACUGUCAUUAAGAAAAAAAAUCCAAGGUUGCCAUUAAGAAACACAUGUAAGACAUAUAAUCCUUUUUGACUACAAUUGUCAACAAUAUGCAUGUUCUGAUAAACCUUUUAUUUUGAUUAUAUUUAACAUGCAUUCUUUAAUUGUGAUGUAAUGUACAGUAUGUGCAUUAAUAAAUAUAAACAUUAUAACAGUUUGUAUUGAAUAUAGGGGCCAGACAUGCUGGUGUAUGCUAUCCCUCUUCAGUUCAGAUUAAACUGAUUGUUUCCCAUCAGAAUUUGAUGUUGCUCUAUGAUUUAAAAGCAGUCAUAGCUAUGGAAAUAUUUACAGUAUGUGAUUAUGUGGGAUGAUGAUUGUACGCAAUUUCAAACCCAUACCGAUUUGUUGAGCAACCUCCCUGGUAUAAUUUGUUUGAGAA